GUCCCCUUCACGCAACUCCGCACUCACAAGCGGCGUGCGUGCAAUUCAGCGCAUUUUGAUAGGAGAAAAGGAAGAAAAAAACGAUAAUAAAGCUGGGGAGUGGAAGCGACGUUCAUGACGGGAGGGAAGAACAACUCUGUCUUCGCUAUGCACCGCUAUCACCACCGCGCCUCCCAGGCACUGCGGGAGCGUCUGCUCAUUCCGCUGCGUCAGCUGACGGGCAUAGAAAUUUUUGUAGCGGUGGCCAUCGGCGUUGUCGGUGGCCUUUUUCCAGUCCCACUUCUUACCUCUUUGGUCACGCUACUUGCGGGGUGGUACGUUCACUGCAACGCGGCUCAGCUCGUGUUUGGCUCCACGGUGAAUCUCUUCUGCACCCCUCUUCAGCUUGCGCUGCUCCCCUCAUUCGCACGGCUGAUGGGGGCCAUUACACAAGGCGAAACAUCGACAUUCACCGCCUACGCACUGAAGGAGGCGCUGGCGAAGGGCUACGCGUCGUUUCUCAGCUCCUGCGGUUGGAUGAUCGCCUACGCCGUAGUGGGUUGGUUUUUGGUGUUUAUUCCAGUUGUUCUGGUGUUGCGCGCACUCCAACGCUGCACCACGCACCGCGAGCCGCACAAGGAAAGCGUUCGACUGACCGAAAUGGAAGAGGUGCGUAUCGGCGAAGGACAUUGA